AUGCGAUUGACCGUCGAACUUAUCCAGAAUUCCCUGUCGUACAUCAAUCCAUUGAAGGAUCGUGAAUUAGAUCUCCGAGGACACAAGAUACCCGCGAUUGAGAACCUGGGUAUUGCCAAGGAACAAGAUGCAAUCGAUUUCACAGAUAACAACAUCUCCUCUCUGGGGAAUUUCCCUUUCUUCCCCCGCCUCCAUACUCUUCUCCUCGCGCGCAAUCGAAUCAAACAUAUCCAGCCCUCGCUGGCAUCCUCCAUUCCGAACCUGAACACAUUGGUGUUGACAUCGAACCAUAUGAUGGAGCUGGCGGAUUUGGAUCCCUUGCGCAACCUCACGAAGCUGACCCAUCUGGUGUUGAUAGAGAAUCCUAUUACGAGAAAAGAGCACUACCGGUCCUGGGUCAUCUGGCGAAUUCCCAGUGUUCGGUUUCUCGACUAUCAGAAAGUGAAAGACGCCGAGCGCGAAAAGGCCAAGGAAUUAUUUGGAACCGCCGAGGAACCGUCGGCUCUUGCGUCCAAGAUUGUUGGUAUCAAGUCACGUACCUUUGACAUUCCAACUGGAGGUCCUGCAGACCGGACACCCGCCGACAAAGCCGUUAGGGUCAAGUUGACCGAGCAGGAGAGGAAGCGAGUUGAAAAGAUGAUCCGGGAGGCCAAGAGUUUACAAGAGAUCUCGAGGUUAGAGAAGGAGCUGAAUGAGGGUCGGAUACCUGGUGGUGCAUUUGGUGUGGGCUACGAUGAUGAGGCCGACAAGAUGCAAUUGUAA